CGAAUUAUCUUCCAUUGGCAAUGUUUAACAAAUUGGAAUACAUGUAUUCCUUGUUAUUAGCAAGUUUUUCUUUCUUUCCUUUUUCUGACCUUCUUUUUCAGUCCUAUAAAGUUGACAUCUGCUUUUUAAUGUACAUUGUAGGGUAAAAAGCUCAAUCAAAACCCUUUUAAGGGCUGCUGAAAAAUCUUGACAUUGAGUUGAGGCAUUGGUUUGUGUGGUUUGACCCUGAGGGCCCAGGCUCACAGAUUCUGAAACCUGAGACAGAGAACUCACAAGAACCAAAGUCUGUCUGCAGCUGCGUGCCAAAAGAGUUUUCACUAGUUUAAGACACAUACAGGAAAAGUAAGCAGAAAAUCCUCCAAUCAAAUCUGGAUCCUCAAAGACAUCAACUUGAUCUUCUGUCAGAAGAGGAGAAGGAAGAUGGUAACAGUGGAAAUAUCCUCCAAGGGUUUCAAUAUAAUCAUGUUUUCAGCCAAGGAAAAUGGCCGGCUCACCUGAUUUCUUCCAGUUCAAUAUUGAAUAGUAAGUACCUUCAAGGAAUGAAAUCUGAAAACUCUAUGGAGAGAAUGCAAGAACUUUCCAAUCAAGGGUCGUCGAAAUUGAGGCCAAAAAAGGUUAACAGAGGAAGCAAAAGUGCAUUAGAGAUUCACGGCGGCCGAGUUGUUCGAUCAGCUGGGAAAAAGGACAGGCAUACCAAAGUCUCCACCGCCAGAGGUCUAAGAGACAGAAGAUUAAGGCUAUCUCCAAACACUGCUAUUGAAUUCUAUGAUGUGCUAGAUAGGCUUGGAUUUGACCGUCCAAGUAAAGCCAUUGACUGGCUUAUGAAUGAAGCCAAAUCAGCCAUUGAUGCACUCAACGAAUCCACCCAUGCUAGAGACUUGAAUGCUGCUGUUGGCCAAGAACAGAGUAACUGUUCAAAAUGUGCUUUUCGGUUUCGUAGUGAAGAAUCUCUGAAUGACAUCUCCAUUAGUAAUUUCAGUUUGUUUUCAGUUGACAAUGGUGUUGCAGCAGCGCCAUCUUCUUCAACUGAAUUUCUUGCCUGCUCAAAUGGUGAUUUCAGGCCUUGUUCAUCUUGUCAAGAUUGCUCCUUUUUCUUUUCUAAUUCUCAAGAACAGGGCUUUAUUCCUUAUUCCAUUCCAUCCCAUUGUGGAACGACUUCAGAAGUUGCAAGAUUUCAAAAGCUUCUGAGUUGGAACUCUCUGCCACAUCACUAUGUUCCGACACAUGCUGAUGAAACUGAACUACAUGUUCAAAGGGAACCCCUUCAGUCCAGUUUAUUUCCAACGAUUCUUGAUCCUCUGCACAACCAAUGGUCCGGUGUAAAUCAUGCCGGCAUUAGAUUUCUCGAUGAUGAUGGAUUACCAGGACCUUCCAGUGCAGGAGGAAGAAAUCAAGGCCUAGAGGAGUACAAUUCAAUUUCCAACAAGCCAUCAGCUGCUAGCUCAGUUCUGCAUUACCUUGAUUAGUUCUCUGAUUAGUGCUC